AUGGAAUCUCCAGAGGCGUUGAGCUCUUACUAUGUUCGGGAAGUUUGGGCGAACGACGUCGAGCAUGAGUUGCGGUUGAUGGAAAAAUUAGUUGAAAAUUAUCCCUACAUUGCUGUUGAUGGGCGGUUUCCUGGGGUGGUAGCCAGGCCCACUGGUCCUUUCAAAAACGACAUGGAGCGAAAUUACGAAAUUAUUCGAACUAAUAUGGGCCUUGUGAAAAUACUACAGUUGAGUUUGUCCUUUGCAAAUAAGGAUGGUGAAGUGGCUGGCCACCCUGAGGAC